AUGGCGGCGACUUUGGAUCCGCCUCGGUUGGAAGUCUCAGGAGGUGGUAAAAUUGUCGAGUUCGAGUCGGCUUCCAUCACACCACCCCAGAGCGCCAACGGAAAGAAGGAUGCGCCUGAAGGGGUGCCCUCGGAGUUAUCAGAUCUUGAGCUGGAUUUCAAAUCUGCUGCAGGGCCUGGCGAACCUUCGAUCAAGCGGGAGCAUUCCGAAGAACUGGAGGUCCUUGAAGAUAUCGAACCCGACCAUUACUAUGGCGGUGGAAAGAUCCCAGUAUUCAAGCCAACAAUGGAUCAAUUCUCUGACUUCCAGUCCUUUAUCAAAAGGAUUGACAAGUAUGGAAUGCAAGCGGGUAUCGUGAAAGUGGUUCCCCCAAAGGAGUGGUCCGAAUCACUUCCCCCAUUGGACGAGCAAGUGAAAACCAUCCGUGUGAAGAAUCCUAUCAUGCAGGAGUUCCAUGGAUCGCACGGAACAUACACACAGGCCAAUAUUGAACGACAGCGCACAUACAAUCUGCCUCAGUGGAAGGGCCUGUGUGAAGAAAGUAGCCACCAACCGCCUGCUCGCCGCGGAGAGCGUCGUCGGAACCAAGAACGGGUUAAUCGACCAGCUCCUACCCCACGACCUCAGGCUUCUCGCCCUGAGGGUCAGAAGCGUCGACCUGGCCGACCUCCCAAGCGUGGAAAUCAAGUCAAAGUCAAGGAUGAGCCAACCGAUGAUGACACAGAGAAGUCUAGGCCUGAAGGCCCUCCAACACCCGUUUCACCUGAAUCACUUCCCGUUGAAACCAAAAGCGAGGACUUGAGUGAUGGCGAAUCUCUUCCGGCCGCCAAGCCCAAGGGGAGACAGGCUAAGUCUGUCACGGCACGUCGAAAGAAUAACCGUGGCGAGACCGUUGACCUUGUGGACGAGGAGGCUUUCAAGGAGUUUGAUUAUCGUAUCCACGACAAUGAGGAUUACACUGCGGAGAGGUGCGAGGAGCUAGAGACCGCCUACUGGAAGUCGCUCAUGUUCAACAACCCGAUGUACGGCGCAGAUAUGCCAGGCUCACUCUUCGACGACUCCACCACCACUUGGAACGUGGCUAAACUGCCUAACUUGCUUGAUGUUCUUGGACAGAAAGUGCCUGGUGUCAACACGGCGUAUCUGUAUUUGGGAAUGUGGAAGGCGACGUUCGCCUGGCACUUGGAAGACGUCGAUCUCUACAGUAUCAACUAUAUCCACUUUGGUGCUCCGAAGCAGUGGUACAGCAUUUCACAAGAGGACGCCCCCAAGUUUGAGGCGGCCAUGCGCAGCAUCUGGUCUAGUGAUGCCAAGAACUGCGAUCAAUUCUUGCGCCACAAGACCUACUUGGUCUCUCCCAGCUUGUUGAAGUCUCAGUAUGGUAUCACGGUCAACCGACUGGUUCACUACGAAGGAGAGUUUGUCAUCACUUUCCCGUACGGCUAUCACUCCGGUUACAAUAUAGGCUACAACUGUGCCGAAUCUGUCAACUUUGCCACAGAGCGAUGGUUGGACUAUGGUCGCAUCGCCAAAAAGUGCAAUUGCGAAGCCGACAGCGUGUGGAUCGACGUGGAUGAAAUCGAGCGCAAACUCCGCGGCGAAGCCACCCCCGACUACUAUGGCGAUUAUGACAGCGAGUUUGAAGGGUUCGAUGGUGCUUCAGAUAUGCUCACGCCUCCACGCAGUGUGCCUGACAAGCCCUCCACCCGUGGGCGAAAGCGGAAGAAUGCGGGUGACGGGCCGCGAACCAAACGACUCAAACUCCACCUCGAUGGCCCGCGGAAGAUCCCAUGUCUGCUCUGCCCGAAUAAUCUCGAUUAUGAGGAUCUGUUGCCAACUGAAGGUGGUAAGGGACAUGUUCAUCGCCGGUGUGCCUUAUUCAUUGAAGAGACCACCAUUCUCCAUGAUGCAUCCGGCAACGAGGUAGUCUGUGACAUCGACAAGAUUCCCAAGGCCCGCUUGGGUCUAAAAUGCCUCUUCUGCCGCGAGGUUCGUGGUGCCUGCUUCCAAUGCAACUUUGGCAAAUGCACACGAGCCUAUCAUGCCACCUGUGCACUUCUGGCCGGUGUUCAGGUCGAGCAUGGUGCGAUUGCUGUCAUUGCCGACGACAGUCAACAGUACUCAUUACCUAGUGUGGAUCUCAAAUGCAAAUUCCACCGCCAAAAGCGACCCACGGGACUGUUGGUUGAAUCAUCUGAUCUGGAUCGACGGGUCAUUGAAGCUGCCUGUCGUCUGGUGCAGGGAGAUUUGAUUCAAUUCCAAGCCGACAAGGAGAUUAAUGGCGCCAUUGUCUUGGAGAAUCGCCCGGAGGAGCGGAGUCUGCUAUUAAAGGUUCUGCCGCGAGGAGAUGUCAUUGAGAUGCCUUACCGCUGGAUGCUGGUGGUACGCAAGAGCAACUUUGUGCCCCUCGCACCAGGCAUCCAACCCCUCCCGGCCCACUUAGCGCGCAAGGCCGACUCGAGAAGGGAAUUGGAGGCUGCGGUGCCGGUCGCAGGCAGUGCAUUUGGCGACAGUCGAUCUCCCUAUCAGUGGGCUGAAUUCGAGACGGUGGAUGGAGCUAGGAAUGCCUUCGCCCCACCGGUCAGGGUGAACUUGGACAAACUCGAGCAGGUGUGGCAUUAUCUGGGCACGCAGUCCACCGAGAGUAGGGCACAGUAUACGCACAACCCUAGCGUGCCCGUCCACAACCCGCGGGCCAAUUUCCUCGACAGCGUCAAGUCGCUUGGCGUGGCUGGUGGUUUCAAUGCUCGUGCAUCGAAGAUCCCCCCCCACCGUCCGUUCCAUUAUGCUGCCACCGCUCCUGCCCCUCCUUACCAGCAAAAUCUUUACGCCCAACACCGACCGCCGCUGCUACAACAAAAUCAACAUCUCCUCCCGCCAACCUUGAACGCUGUCAAUCUCGCCCCUCACCUACACUCUUCCUCCUCCACCUUGCCCCCCCCCCCUCCCCCUGCCCCUGCUGCUCCUACUGGUGCUGCUGCUGCUGGACCUGCGAUGCCGUCGGCCUUUCGAACUCUUCCGAAUUCAUCUAUCCGCCAUGCCCCCUACCCCACGGUCACCAAAUCGCACGCUCAGCAGCAGCACCACCUCACCUCCACCAAUACAUUUGCCAAUGUUCGUGACCUCAUCGCCCGUCGCCGCCUCGCCCAGAUCACCGAGCAUGCCAAUGUGUUCGCCGGGUAUACGAUCGUCAGCCCGGAAAUGGUGGUAGAGACCCUGUUGGGUCCCAUGGGAUCGAUUCCUCCGAUCAAUGGCCUCGAAAAACUCGAGCUGGCCAUGGCCCAGCAGCGUGUACAGCCUCGGGCCGCCGAUGGGACCUUGCUGCCGCCCCAGACCCUCAACAUGCGGGCAGAUGAGGUCGCUCGACUUCUUCAGAUGCUCCGAUUCUCGUUGGUGAGUCACCGCGAGCGAUUAGAUGUCAUUCAGAAGAAAGAGUCAGAAGGGGUGAAGCAGGAGAUUGUCGACCAAGGGAGUGUUGCCGCGGCGAGGAUGCCGGGAAAAUACGCCUUUUUGGAUCAGCAACGAGCCAAGGCCCCCAACGUGUAUCAGUCUCCGUAUAACAUGCCGUCCGGGCUCUCCGAGUAUGCGAAGACCACGUAUGGACUGGUUCCGUCACCGGAUGAUCCGCCCAAGUCAACCCUGGCCAACGACUUUUUUGCCAGCCUCUCCCAGGCGGACAAGGAAAAAAUCAUGAAGACGUGUGGAAGCUUUGUGCAACGUGCCAUUGAGCGAUCGACUAGUCAUAGUCGGCACAGCUCAACGGCUUCGAAUCUACGAUUGUCAUCGGCCCUUGCACAACAGACGGAGAACCCGACCAUUGAUAUUACAACGGUUGACGAUCCCCCGCUCUCCGGUCUAGACCUGCCUUUGCAUGCCGAUUCCCCUUGCUCCAGUUUUGGUCGGUCGCACAUGCGAUUCCCGUCGCCCAAUGACUUCCCCACUCACGGCCCUGACCCUCAGCCCGAUCAUCAUGAUCUAUUCGGGGAUCAACAGGCCAAUACUCGGUUCUGGCAGAACGGGCCGUGGGUCGCCGGCGACGGCAACACUCCCAACGAAGAGAAUCGGCCCUUCUUCGGGCCACAUCUCUUCGGACCCCAUGAGCGACUUAAGCACGACUAUGCUUCCUCUGAUAUGUCUUUGGGCAAAGGGCCUGGCUCCUUACAUUCGGUCGACAUGGCCGGGUUUGGUCCCGAUGUGGCCGAUGAUCUCCUCACGGGAGGACUCAGUCCAUGA